GGGUUUCCGGUGCCGUUGCCCACGCCUGCGCGGCGUGCGCUCGGGAAACUUCUUCGAGGCCUGAGAGCCGGGCGCAAGCGGUGUGCGGAGGCGCCUCUCCCGGAGUGUUUGUGUGCAGGGGCAGCGGCGGUUGCGCUGCCGGAAGGUUACACGCAGAAUGCCAGCUCUUAGUUGUCGAUUUUACCAACACAAAUUUCCAGAAGUGGAAGAUGUGGUCAUGGUAAAUGUCCGUUCCAUUGCCGAGAUGGGUGCCUACGUAAGCCUUCUCGAGUACAACAACAUCGAAGGCAUGAUUCUUCUCAGUGAGCUUUCAAGGAGACGUAUCAGAUCCAUCAACAAACUUAUUCGCAUAGGUAGAAAUGAGUGUGUAGUUGUAAUCAGAGUGGACAAAGAGAAAGGCUACAUUGAUCUGUCCAAACGUAGAGUUUCACAAGAAGAAACCAUAAAAUGUGAAGACAAAUUUACCAAAUCCAAGACUGUGUAUAGUAUCUUACGGCACGUGGCUGAGGUGCUUGAGUACACGAAAGAUGAGCAGCUAGACUCCCUAUUUCAGAGAACAGCCUGGGUCUUUGAUGAGAAGUACCGGCGGCCUGGAUAUGGAGCUUAUGAUGCAUUUAAACACGCAGUUUCAGACCCUACCAUUCUGGACAGUCUUGACUUGACGGAAGAAGAGCGAAGUGUAUUACUCGAAAAUAUUAGACGGCGUCUGACCCCACAGGCUGUUAAAAUUCGAGCAGAUAUUGAAGUUGCGUGUUAUGGAUAUGAAGGUAUUGAUGCUGUAAAAGAGGCACUUCGAGCUGGUCUAGAAUGUUCCACAGAAAACAUGCCCAUUAAGAUAAACCUCAUAGCUCCUCCAAGAUACGUCAUGACUACCACAACACUUGAGCGUACAGAAGGUCUUUCUAUUCUAAACCAAGCUAUGUCGGCUAUUAAAGAACGUAUAGAGGAGAAAAGAGGAGUUUUCAACAUUCAGAUGGAGCCCAAGGUGGUUACAGAUACUGAUGAAACAGAAUUGGCUAGACAGCUUGAACGACUGGAGCGGGAAAAUGCUGAAGUUGACGGAGACGAUGAUGCAGAUGAAAUGGAAGCAAAAAAUGAGGAUUAAAUACUUACUGGAUUCUGGAAAUUGACCAGAAGAGAGAAAAUUCCCUUCAAAAUUCAGACCACAAAGCUAUCUUUUUGUUUAGAUUUAUCCAAAAUACUUCAUGCACAUAUUUCAUUUCUCAUUUUCCUAAUGUGACUGGCUAUUGUUCUGAACAUCUUCAUAUCUAUUAAAAAAACAAACCAGGUUAAAUCAACUUUUUUGAAAGGCUGCAACUGCUAGAGUUUUUAUUAAAAAUAUUAAGCAUGCAACCUGGUCCUUGCUGUUAAAUUUGCAGCCAGUCUUGUUCCAACUGAAUCACUAAUUGGAAUUUUACAAGUAUUUGAUCCUCUGGAAGAAAGGAAUUUUUUCUCAAAGAUUGUAUUCAGAACAUCUAACAAAAAAUAAACAUUGGCAAAAUAAUCUUUGGAACUUCAAGCCUUUUAUUUCCUUGUAUUUUUGGCACUAUAUGCACUUCCUAAUAUAUCAUGGUCGUGAGUAACAAAGUAAAGCAUCUGACUACUUACUUUAUUUUGAUGUGGGGAGGCUGCCUGUAGUCAAGUUGAGUUCUCUCUGCAAAUCUCUUUUUGCAUUUUCAUUUUCAUUUUCAUGGGGAAUGGUGAAGGGGGGUGGCAUUUUCAUUGUGUCAGCACAUGAAAUUUGGCUUGCGAUUUUUAAUCAUGAAUUUGGCUUACUCGUUUAUGCUGAGUACCAUUAAAAAUAGUAUAGUUGCAUGUUUCUGCUGAAAAUUUUAUAGUGCUUUAUUUUGAUGUUUCACUAAACUUUUCACAACUAUGAUAUAUUUAGUUUUUAAAAUAUCAAGCAUUUAAGAACUUAAACCUGCUUUUGAACUCCGCCUAUUUUUCAUGCUCAGUUAGCUCACACCCACAAAUUAUGAAAGUGAUCUUAAUAGGCAAAAAUAUUCAUGUCCUAAGGCUGCCAAUUCUGCUUUCUAGCCAAACCAUUUGUUGGCUUAAAAGUAAUUUUUUUUUGAUGUAUUAACAUUUCAGUAUCUAACUUACUAGGACAGGUUACUUCCAUUUUUUUUCUGGUUAUUGGAAUUGUCUUGCCAUAAUUUCAAAUGCUUGUUAGACUGUGGUAACAUGACGUUGCUUAAGUACUGGUGCCAUGUGGGGAACAAUUAAAUGUGAUGCCAGACUCAUUACUAUAAUACAUCACACAUUCAUAGAAUAUGAAUUGAUCCCAGAAAAGAGUUUGGAUUGUAAACUGGAAGUCUCAAAGCAUUUAUUACAUUUGCCAGGUACCCACUGGUUUGUAAAUUCAUCGACUGUCCUUAAACUGUGCAUCAAUUGGUUAUUCAUUUUAGUUUAAAUCGUGAACUUUCUACUGAAUUUUGGAGAAUGAUGUGUUUUAGAGCUGUUGAUCUGGUAAGCUCAAGAUUUGCGUGCUGGAUUAGCAGUUUUCUGAUGUCCAUUUUCUAGUAAAUCGUAAAGUUUCAAGGGAACAUGGGUAAACUGAACCAAAUAGUUACAAAGCAUUGGUGAGCCAGAUGCCAAACCAUCAGGAUUUCCAAUUCAGCAGAAAGCAGAUUAUCAGAGCUCAUCUAAUGGCUAAAGCAGGUGUUAUAUUAGCAACUCUCCUAUAUCACACCUGUUAUAUUCAAUGAUAUUUGAAACGUUGAAGAGAGAAUCAUUUGACCAACCAAGCUGUGUUAAAAUGGCCCUGCACCUUUUACGUUUAUGUGUUGUAUCAUUUUUUUUCCUUUCAAGUCACUUUUUAAUAACAGUUAUACAGUUCCCAUUCCUGCACACUUGUGUAAAAGUUGUCAUUUAAUACUGCCACCAGUUCUUCAUUAUUUGUAUAUUUAAGAUUUGUUAUCUAAUGUCAUUACAGCUAAGUCAUUAUCCUUCACCUCUAAAUUAAUUUUCUUGGAAUAUCUACCACUGGAUUUGUUAGAUUAUUAGACAUUUACUCUUUUCAGGAAUGCUAGCUUUUAAAUUUAAACUGCAUGACCUUUAAGGAAGAAUGUGAGACAUUCUGCAGUGUAAAGUUCCUGGAGAGAAUCUGUGCCCAAUAGUGCCAGUUUAAUUCUUGUAACAACCUGAAUGUUGAACAGUGUAAGUGUAUAUGUGCCAUAGUAAAGCAUGUGGGGAAUUUCUACCGUAAUGCAACUUUCAACAUUUUUAUUACUUAAUCUGUAAGAGCAUUAUCAUUUGAUUUUGGCAUUUUCAGACAAGCAAUGUAAGCUAUAAUUAAUAUAUUAUUUGAUAAUUGAAUUUGGCAUGUCUUGAUAGAAACUAAAAUUUUGGCAGUUUCUCUGGGGUGGGAGGAGGUGAAACCUUUUGCAAAUUUGGUUUUAUUACAGAAGAGGCUGUUAAUAUCAAAAGUUUUCUUGUGCAAUAAAAUUUGAUUAACUUCA